CUCGAACUAGCUAACUAGCAAGUCCGCCAUGGCAGCGUUGGUUUGGGUGCCUCCCAGCCAAGACUGACGGAUUGCUGGCCUGCAGUGUGUGAUGAUGCAGCCUCUUGGCAGGAAGAACUGCAACUUUAAAGGAUUGCAGAGUGCUAUAGCUUCACUGCAUGCGUGAAUGGGGUCGACAGGUGGACUGUUCGAUUAGUCGCAUCGCUGCUCCACGCAGGUGCUAUGGUCACCAAAGAAGACUGCGGCGGAGCUGAUCCCCAAGCAUGGAUAUCCCCAUCUUGGGCAUCACGUGGUUAUCACGUGCUUUGCUUGGCCUCCGAGUGUCCUUCAGGCACCGGCGAUGAGCACUGCAGUGCUUCUGGGCCUGUCGCGAAAGUUUGCUGGGGUGGUGUGCAGGAUGAUUGCGAGGAGUUGACGGGCUUGGCUUCUGUGCUCCGGGAGGAAGGCCUCAACAGCUUGGUCUCCCUGCAGGACCUGCUGGUGGUACAGAGAUCGGUGCUCAAUCAAGAGCGGUAUGAAAAGCUUCUGCAGGCAAGGCUGAAACACAACAAACCUCCUCUCAACUUCGCCUUUUAUGCGGUGGAGGGUGAUGGCAUGCCACCGCGGAAGCUUGAAAGUCUUCAAGGGCAAUCAGGCAUGAUCUUGGCCUUCGAAGGGGGGACCUUUGUGUGGCCAGGAAUCCAGCUGGGCUAUCGACGGAACGUCACCCUCCAGCCUCGAAAUGAGGCAUCCAUCGAACUGCAGAUUGAAACCCGUAGUUUGCAGCCCUUGGUGGUGGAAAUAUCUUCCUUUCUAGAUGAGAAUGAUUGCCAGCACAUCAUUGACAAAGCACUUCCACAUAUCCGGAAGUCUUCCGUCAAGCAUAUGGAUCAAGAUGUUGGCAAGCCUGAUUCAAACUGGAGAACUAGCAGCACCUAUUUCAUGCCUUCAGACGAUGCGGUUUUGAGGCGGAUUGACGACCGAGUCAGUGCCUUGACAUUGAUCAAGAAGACGCACCAAGAAUUGGCGCAGAUUCUUCGCUAUGAGCAGGGUGAGCAAUAUGUGGCUCACCAUGAUUAUUUUGAUCCUGAGAUGUAUGCGCAGAACAGGGACAUCCAAGAAAUGAUCAAGAGGGGGCUUUUCAACCGAUUGGCCACGGUCUUUUUCUACUUAACUGAUGUGGAGGAAGGUGGCGAGACGAACUUCCCUCGAGCAGAUGGUUUGCCCCAGCCACAUGACUUUGGCGAUUGCUCCAGGGGGAUUUCUGUUUAUCCGAGGCGCGGGCGGAUUAUCAUUUUCUACUCGCAGCAUCCCUCCGCUGAAGCGGAUGAAUACUCGCUGCACGGCGGGUGCCAAGUGAAGAGAGGAGUCAAAUGGUCGGCCAACAAGUGGAUUUGGAACAAGCCAAUGGACUACAUUCAGGAAUGAUCAUUACCGCAGAGCUCAGCUGACAAGCUGCACAGAGCUCGCCGGCAAAAGUCUGAGGGCUGAGGGCCGUGCUUUCGACGAAAUCGUUUGUCCACGAAACCUACGACGCAGAGCUCAGCGGUCGCAUUGCUUUUUAUUUGCUUUUCUGUUGUGUUCAUCAUCGUUGGAGCUGGAGCAUUCUUGGAGGUAGGCAUAGAAAGCGCUGAAGGACAACUGCAGCACAUGCUGAAGGCCA